AUGUCAAAUACUCGCGUUGCAAUCGACCCCAAUGGCGACACUCUAGUCAUCCUUGCAACCAAGCAGGACCCUCCUCCCUCCAAAGAACCCACCGAACCUGCUGGCACUACCGAGUCACCAACAUUCAUCGAGAAACAAUUUCUCUGCUCACAGAAGCACCUGACACUUGCAUCGCGUCGUGCUUCCAAGCUUUUCUCAAGCACCUUCAAAGAAGCUUCAAAACAAGACGAUGGUCUUUAUCAUUGGAACUUUGGGGAUGUUUUUGAUAUGCAAGCCUUUGAAUUGGUCUUAAGAAUUAUACACGGAAAAGCCCGCGGAGUUCCUCUAAGUGUCGAAUUAGAUCUUCUAUCAAAAAUCGCCUCUAUUGUUGAUGAUCUAGAGUGCUAUGAUGCACUUUCGUUCUGCACUGAGAUGUGGCUUUUGACAUACCGUGUGCGCUUUGCUACACUACCCGAAAGAAUGGAUAAGUCACUGGCACAGCUUAUUCUCGUUUCUUUUGUGUUCGCGGAUAAAGACCUCUUUCAAAGGUGUAUACAACGAGCUGCUCGGUAUACCUGCCAGGGCAUGCCUACAUUUGAUCUACCAAUCCGCGCAGAUAUUCCAAGGUGCAUUGAAAAAAGCAGAACAGAGGUCCUGCAGUACCUAAUUGAUGGAUUAUAUGAGAUUCACGAUGACCUUCUUCAGCGGAAGGUGGGAUGUAGUGAAGGUUGUAGAGCUUUGCUCCUAGGAUCUUUGCUACAAGUCAUGAUAGCAAACUGCCUAUACCCACGACCCGAAUCUCCCUUUUACUCCCUGAGACUCGACUCUAUUAUCAGUUCUCUGCGCGACAUGCAGCCAUUGAUCUAUUACAGUUCGGUAACAGGGAGCCUCGCAGGAAAACAUUCACAUGAAUGGCUACUACAUGAGCAGCCUACAUCGUUACCUGCUUCCCAGUCGAAUACUGCUACUACUCAACCAAUUUCAAGCCCUUUUGGGUCUGGUCUCUCUGGUUUCGGUGCCGCCGCUACCGCUCGAAACACCUCUGACCCACGUCCAUUUGGUGCUCCUAUAGCUGACUCUAGGCCUUUCGGCACUUCAUCAACUACGCCCCCAACAACCGGUGGACCUUUUAGUAGAAUGAGAGCACCGCAGCCUACGUCUACCCCCGCAGCUCCUUCUGGGGAAAUUUUUGGGGGAAGGGCCGUGCCUCAAACAAGCGAUCCGUGUAGUUCAGCUCAUGAUAAGAACGAAGAGGUGCCCAAGAAGCUUGUUCAACACAGCUGUUCUUUAAAGAGUUUCAUCGAUCCUUUGUUGGUUAUAGCAGAGACCUGCUAUUUUAAGCCUUAG